AUGGCUCAGGACCUUUGCGAAGGGAUGGGACGUAAGAUUUCGUACCUGCCAUGGCCGCUCCCAGUCCAACCCGAUAGGGAUGGCCCCGGACCAGCACCCGAAGGCAGCACCGAUAGCGGGGUACACUGCCGUGCGUUCGAUGGCCGUGCGCGGGCUGAGAGACGCAAUGUGUAUGUGGGAGCACCCAGCGGGGCAGAUUGGCGAGAGAUAGCAGGAGCAGUGAGAACCCCGCGUGCGGGAACAGGAAGAAGGGCGACGCACCGAAGCUCAGCGAAGAGUCGGAUCCAAGUCAACCUAAUCACUAGGGCUUCUGUGCUAGAUCCGAGUGAGGGCGGACCGAACACGAAGGCUGGUGUCCAGACAGUGAGAAGGGCGACCAGGAGCGCGAGGGAGUUGAGGUUGAGGUCAGAAGAACGGACCUGGAUCCGUCGGCUGUCCACUGCGCCACGCUGGAGCUUUUGUUCGCUGGCUUCAGAAGUAUUUGUCUCGCCCGCAGAGCGCGCGCGCAUCUCGAGAGACCAUGUCCUGAGCCAGCUUGCCCACCACGCCUGUAAGAGCAGCGCACCCCCGCACAUCAGCAUCACCGUCCUGAGCGGAUUGCUCGUGAGCAGGGACAGCGCGUCCAGCGCAACUCCAUCCUCCGCUAACGUGUGCGCCUGUAAAGGAUUGAGAGUAGUCAAGAAGGACAGCGUUAAAUGGCGGUUUGCAAUGAUGAAGCGCUUGCUGUUCUUGGUCUCAUUGGAUCGCCAGCGUCUGUUGAAGAUGGUAGUCUAUUCGCUUGGAAAUCCAACCUACUUACCAUGGUUCAAUGAACCUAUUUGUCAGGAGUGA